AUGAAAGGAGUCAACACCUGGUUCCCCAUCGAAAAACGCUCCUCUCCUUCCCCAGACCUCCACACACCCACCUGUCCCACAUCCAACAACACCACCUACAGUACUUCCGACGGCACAUUCUACCGCCUCUUCUGCAGCAUCCACAGCAUCUCCGCCAACCACCCUACCACGGACACAAUCCGCACAACCCAAGCCGCAAGCUAUGCAGAGUAUAUGGAAAAGUGCAGCGCCGAGCCAGGCUGUCUGAGUGUUGACUACGUCGCCCGCACUGGCACUGAUCAUACAUUGAACACCUGCACGCUGUUCCGGACUGGAGGUGGCGAUACACCGACGACGAGCUGCGGGACCAAGAUGGUGGAUAUGGCGUACGCAAUUGAUCCGCCUGAGGAAGAGGUGCCGGAUACGGCAGCGGUGGCAUGUUCGAAAGAGUGUCCGUAUGCUAAUGGACAGAUCGUGGGUCCUUCAUCGUACGGGUGA